CAGGAGGAGACGAAGUAGCACAAACUCCCGGAGAGAGAGAGGCUGAGAGGCGGGAGCUACUCUCUGCAACAACACAACACAUUAACAAGCCUGCUGCUGACAGAGGAGGAGGAAAAUAAUAACCUUAAAGAACAGAAACCGAAGCCAAUCCUCGAAACAUGUACUGGAAUACUGUUUUUGUAAUAUAUUCUAUGUGAAGAAAGUCUUUUUUUUUCUAUUUGCACUAACUAACUAACUAACUAACUAACUAACUAACUAACGGUACUUCACAACUACUGAGAAUCUGUAUUUUUUACAAAGAAAAGAAAACAUCAUCACACCCUGUGGAAGGACAUCACUUCACUACAAAACCAGCACUUUUGCUUUUUUGCGUUUUUAUCCAAACACUGGUUGCUUUCGCCAUCCUGCCUGGAGAGCAUCUGCGUUGCCAACCACGGAUAAACAAAGCAGACCCGGUGGACGCACUCAAGGUCAGACACACCUAAUCUUCACGCACCUGGUAAACGUCGGCAGUUAGCUAUGCAGCUUGAAAUCCAAGUAGCUCUCAACUUCAUCAUCUCGUACCUGUACAACAAGCUGCCGAGGCGGCGGGUUAACAUUUUCGGCGAGGAGCUGGAGAGGCAGCUGAAGCAGAAGUACGAUGGACACUGGUACCCGGAAAAGCCAUACAAGGGCUCAGGAUUCAGGUGCAUCCACGUUGGGGAGAAGGUGGACCCGGUGGUGGAGAAGGCAGCCAAAGAGAGCGGGCUGGACAUCGAGGAUGUCCGCAACAACCUGCCCCAGGACCUCAGCGUGUGGAUUGACCCCUUCGAGGUGUCCUAUCAGAUCGGGGAGAAGGGGCCCGUCAAAGUGUUGUACGUCGACGACAGCAACGAAAGCGGAGCUAGCACCGGGGGGCUCGAUCUGGACAAGGAGAUCAAGAACAGUUUCAACCCCGACGCGCAGGUCUUCAUGCCCAUCAACGAGCCCGUGAGCGGAGCCUCCCCGGGCUCCACCUCGCCCUCUCCUCCUUUCGGCCACUCGGCGGCAGUCAGCCCCACCUUCAUGCCCCGCUCCACGCAGCCUUUAACCUUCACGACAGCCACCUUCGCCGCCACCAAGUUUGGCUCCACUAAGAUGAAGAGCAGCGGACGCAACAACAACAACAACGGCGGUGGCGGCGGCGGUGGCGGCACCAGCACUGGGAACAAGGUGGCGCGUACCUCUCCCACCAACCUGGGCCUGAAUGUGAACAGUCUCCUGAAACAGAAAGCCAUCUCCACCUCCAUGCACUCUCUGUACGGGUUGGGCCUCGGGGUGCAGCAGCAGCAGCACCAGAAGCCCUCGGCCCUGUCCCCCAACGCCAAGGAGUUUGUGUUCCCCAGCCUUCAGGGCCAGGGCAGCCAGAGCGCUCUCUUCCCCGGGGACAGCUCGCUCAGCCUCAGCCCGCUGCAGUACAGCAAUGCCUUCGACGUGUUUGCGGCCUACGGUGGCCUUAACGACAAGUCCCUUAUGGAUGGCUUGAAUUUCAGCUUGAACAACAUGCAGUAUUCUAACCAGCAAUUCCAGCCAGUUAUGGCCAACUAGUACACGUAAAAAGGUACUACUUAAGCUACUACUCCACACAGAAACGACCAGAGAUAAUGUGAUAGGGGGGAAACAAACACAAAUGCACAUUUUUGAAGAAACAAAAAUAAAAAAAAAAGUGUAAACAAGAACAGAAUGUCAUGGAUAAAAGGAAAAAAAGUGACUUGUCAGCUGUAAGAUCUACGUCACGAGUCUAAGAGCAUGAGCCCGAGGGUGAAUUACUACGUUGCCCCCUUGAGUUAUACCUUUAGUACAAGAUGUCCAAGCUUGGUUACCUAAACUUCAACAUGCAUCAUUGUUAUUUUCUUUUGCCAACCAAGCACAAAAUAUUUUUUUUAUGUGACUGUUUUAAAAUAUAUAAAAAAAGACAAAAAAAAAACACACCACCACAAGUCAUGGCCUCUUUCAGUAUUUAAACAUAACUGGACACCGCCAAUUUUUUUUUUUUUCAAGAAAUUGGCAUAAAUAAGUGGGAUUUCCUGGUCUUUUUUCUAAUUGUAUAAUUUAAUUUAGUACAGAGUUUGUAAAAUAUCAGAGUAUCUAUUGUUUCUACGACAUGGUAUUGCAUUUAUAUCUUUUUACUACUCCAGUGAUCUGUGAUGGCUGCAGCAACUUUAUGUUUUCUUUUUUUAUUGAAAUUAUAAAAAUGAAUCCAUCUUUAAAAAAGAAAAAAAAAAAAAAAAACAUUGACUAUUCUAAAGAUUGUGUACAGAAUAUUCCGUAGUGGUGGGAUUUAAGAAUAUUUGCUUUUUUUUGAAAAACAUAAGAGUUGUAUUUUCUGUUAAGAGUUUAAAAGAUUUUUGCUAUAUUAUGGACAAAAUGUAAUCGUAUAUUAAUUUUGUACCUACAUUGUGCAAUACUUGAUAAAAAAACAAACGGUAUAUAACAAAGUAUUUGGAGUCAGUGUCUUACAUGUUAAGAGGGACUGAUAGUUUAUUAAGUUUGUAUUAAAAAGCUUGAAAAUAA